UCAUCGUUUACAUAUCGGGAAGAUUUCGUCCAGAAAGUCAGCUCCUGUCCUUGCGGAGACCUCCAAGUCCACAUCCUGUUAAAUUGGUUGGAUGUUAGCUCUGUAUACGUAGCUUCACUCAUGUUUUUACCCUAUAUAAUUGAUACAGGUUGCCUGAAGCUGUCUUCAAAAUGAAAGCCUUGGCCAUCUUUGUUCUUUUAGCAUUAGAAGGCAGGCUGUCAGGGCAUCCGAUUCACAAACAAGCAAUUUUCGGGACCACGUUAUGCUCAGACGACGGCAGGGCCCGUGGCUGAAACACCACCAAACUAGCACGAAGAAGUCCACCUCCCACGGAUCUCACUCGUCUGUGGUAUAGAGUAUGCGAAAUGUGCGGCCUUCAGCCCUUCAACCGGUCUCGCUUAAUGAUAUUUUUUGCGUACCAAGGAAAGCCGCCCUUCAAGAUGAGGUUCUUUUGGUCAUUUCUCAUGGUGGUUAUUCUGGCUGUGUUUUUGGACCACAGCGCUGCAAGCGACUGGGAAAUCCAGGAUGGAAGCCGGCGACUGCGCUCUCCAGACCGUGUUCCCACUGAUUGUAAGGCCUCCGCAUGCAUGGACUACUGCAAGCAACUGGGCGCCCGUGGUGGAUAUUGCAGUACGAAGAGCAUCUACUGCGUGUGCAUCAACCCUUAACCACUUACCUAGAAAUGACAAUAUAAAGCUUC